CUCCAAAUUAUCAAGAAGAAUGUUGUCAAAGAAGUGGGAAGGNCCGAUCUUGUUGGUGAAUAUGUAGGACACACAGCACCAAAAACUCAAAAGGUGAUUGAUGAAGCCAGAGGUGGUGUGCUGUUUAUUGAUGAGGCAUACUCUCUUUCAAGAGGAAAAUCAAGCAAUGAUUUUGGAAAGGAAUGUAUUGAGGUUAUCAUGACGGAACUCACUAGUGGCAAAGACGAUACUCCAAUUAUUGUUUUUGCAGGCUAUGACCAAGAAAUUGCUAAUUUCAUAGAGAUUAACCCAGGAUUGAAAUCUAGAAUUAGAAAACACAUUACAUUUUCUGCUUUAUCAUAUUCAGAUAUCGUCAACAUAUUGGUCUUGUUGGUUAAAAAGUAUUCCAUAGAACAUCCAGAUAAUCUUAUCCAAUUUGAAGAAGAGCAUCUCUUGCAAUUACUAGAAACCCAAAUUCCACAAACUAGAUUAGAACAGUACAAUGGCAGAGUAGCUGACAGAUUGUUUAGUGAGUGUUUAAGUCUCGCAAAAGAUGCCUAUGUGGAUGGUAAAACAGAUCUACUGGUGUUUAGUUUAGAAGUUCAAGAACAGGCGACAAAACGGGUAGCGGAUUGGAUUAGAAAAAAUUAA